AUGUUUAGGGAUUUGCGAAUUUGUGCGAAAUCUGCCUACGAAGCUCGCAAGGCCAAAGGCAUCGCUAACCAGUUGUUUACCAACGGACACUGUUCUGCAUUUUCUUUAACCCUUCUACCGGGUAUUGGCCUGGGUAUGCAGGCGAGUGUAACCAGUGCAGACAGCCUAUUUGGGCCGCCACGAUGGAUGAAUGAAAAGCAGAAGUCUGCCAAGGAGCAGAAGAGUCUAGCCGACCUCAUGACGGCCAAUCAGCUUCGUUUUAGCAAGGCCUUCUCAGGAGGGCCUAUUCUGCCCCCGGUGCCGAGACACUCGGCUGAGGAGAACGCCGCCAGGAGCGCCAACGGUGACUCGGUGGUAGACUCUGCCAGAGCCGUAAUUGUGACCGAGGCAACCCUGAAGAAGACCGCAUCUGCAUCAACCGCCUCCAGCAAAGCAAAGGCGACACCGAAACGCAAGGUAGGAACUCUUCAACUGAGACAUUAA